UAAUUAUAAGAAUACCUCCGUAAAGCAGCAACUUGAGUUCAUCGUACCUUUGGAAUCUUCCGACGCCACUGAUUUGAACAUCGAAAGGCCUUCUCCAUUACAUGCAAAUUUUUAAUUCAUAGUUUCCACCUCGGGAUGGAGAAGUGGCGUCGUCUCCUCCUCGUACUUGUGCUCUUCCUCGACUUCUUCUCCGCAAGGUCGCAGUCCUUCAUCGGGGUCAACUAUGGGCAGGUGGCGGACAACCUCCCGCCGCCAUCUGCCACCGCAAGCCUCCUGCAAUCGACCACCAUCUCCAAGCUCCGCCUCUACGGCGCCGACCCUGCCAUCAUCCGAUCCCUAUCCGGCACCAACAUCUCCCUCGUCCUCGGUGUCCCCAAUGCCGACAUCCCCUCCCUCGCCUCCGACCCAUCCGCCGCUGCCAGCUGGGCCGCCGCUAAUGUCCUCCCUUACGUCCCCGCCACCUCCAUCUCCCUCGUCGCCGUCGGCAAUGAGGCACUCGACUCCGGCGACGCCGCCCUCGCGUCCCAGCUCCUCCCCGCCAUGCGGAACCUCGGCUCCGCGGUCGCCGCCUCCGGCGUCAAGGUCUCCACCGUCCACACCAUGACGGUGCUCGCCCAUUCGGAGCCCCCGUCCUCGGGCGCCUUCCGUCCGGAACUCUCCGCCGACCUCACCGGGAUCCUCGGGUUCCUGCGCGAUACCGGGUCGCCCUUCAUGAUCAACCCCUACCCCUUCUUCGCCUACCGCAGCGACCCGCGGCCGGAGACGCUGGCUUUCUGUCUCUUCCAGCCCAACCCGGGCCGGUUCGACGCCGGGUCGAAGCUCAUGUACACCAACAUGUUCGACGCGCAGGUGGACGCGGUGCGGUCGGCGCUCGACGGGCUGGGGUUCCCGGGGGUGGAGAUCGUGGUGGCGGAGACGGGGUGGCCCUACCGGGGGGACCCGGACGAGGUGGGGACGACGGUGGAAAACGCCAGGGCAUUCACCGGGAACCUGGUGGCCCACCUGCGGUCCCUGGUGGGGACGCCACUCAUGCCCGGGCGGUCCGUGGACACCUACAUCUUCGCGCUCUACGACGAGGACCUCAAGCCCGGCCCCGCCUCCGAGCGCUUCUUCGGCCUCUACCGAGCCGACCAGACCAUGAACUACGACCCCGGCCUCGUCAAGUCCGCAUCGAGCUCCUACACGAGUCCGUCGCCGCCUGCAGCGACGACGGGGAGGUGCGUACCGGGGGCGACACCGCAUACGAGUGCAGACGGCGGCCCAACCCAGCCCGAGGAGCAGUGCCACAGCCCCGACGCCGUCGGAUCGCGUGCAGCCGUCGGGGCGGACCGCCUCUUCUUCUUGUCCGUGGCGCUGACACUGCUGCUUUAGUGCGAACCAUCAACAACGGGAGGAACAAUAAGAAGGGAGUUUGUUAGCAGUCUUCAAUAUAAAUAAGAUAUAUUUAAGCUUCAUUCAACACAUUCCAUUGUCGUCUAGUCCGGUUAGGAUACCUGGCUUUCACCCAGGCGACCCGGGUUCAAAUCCCGGCAAUGGAAUCGUUGUUGUUUUUGCUUUGUGGCAAAUAAAUUUACCUAAAUAA